AAAUUCUAAAUAAGAAUCAAAAAAUAUUACUGAACAAAAAUGUAAUAGAAUGAUUUUCCUGAGAAAAAAAAAAAAGGUACUUUUUGAGGCUUCGGUCACUUUUGACCGCGAUGGAGCCAAGUAUGACUCCAAAACGAAGAGGCCCAGAGGGUUAAGAGGAUGCACAAAUACUUAGAAUAAGUAGUUUAUUAAUCUAUGUAGUACCAUAUUAACAUACAGAUGCAGUAUCAUGCUAGAAAAUGUCAUACACAAACAUUUUUAAAAAUUACUGUAAAUAUAAAGUAUAAGAGUAUUAAGUGUGAGUAUGAAUAAUGUGUUUUCAAAAAAAAAUUCCAUGAGCGAAUAAUUAAUCCUAAGAGAUUUCAGAACAUCUCUUACAGGCAUCCCUAAUGAUAAAAAAAAACAAAUAAAAACCCACCAGACGUCAUAAAUUCAGUUGAGAUCACAUAAAGCGCUGAAUCUGUUUAUUUGUAAGAGACUCUCACUGUCAUUCCUGCAGCAAGCACUGGAUGGAUACUGAAGCCUAAUGAGUUGUAAACCAUUUUAAAUGUUUAUUUAUAUUGUUUGCAAUUUGCACUGCAUUGUCAUUUGUUUCAUGUGAUUUGAGGGAUCAUCUAUAUACCAUGAUGGAUAACAUGUCUUACCCUGUGAUACUGACUCUUAUGGUGCCCAAAGAAUCUAAAUCAUAUAGGCAUACAUAUUUUAUUUGCUUUCUUGCCUUAUAUGUGCUUAUAUUGUCAAUCAAUAUUCGUCUUGUUAUGGCCAUCAUCAUGGAGAAAUCUCUUCAUGAACCAAUGUACAUAUUUUUGGGUAAUUUGUGUAUAAAUGGGAUUUAUGGAGCCACAGGAUUCUACCCUAAAAUGUUGUCUGAUUUAAUAUUGGAUUCAUAUGUGAUCUCCUUUCAUAUGUGUGCUCUGCAGAUAUUUGUGAUUUACAGCUCUUUACUGUGUGAGUUCACAGUAUUAACAGUGAUGUCUUAUGAUAGAUAUGUAGCCAUAUGUAAACCUUUAGACUAUCAUUCCACAUUAACUAAAAACGCCUGUGUGAAAUUAUUUCUGUUUUCAUGGAUUGUUCCCACUUUUUCUGUGUUCACUGGCACUCUGUUAUCAAAUUUAAGGCCAUUUUGUGGCUAUCACAUAGAUAAAUUAUAUUGUGACAAUUGGUCAAUUGUAAAACUGUCUUGUGCUUCAUCUUUUGUUAAUAAUGUCUAUGGAUAUAUUGUUGCUGUUAUAUUUUGUAGCUUUGUAGUAAUUAUAAUAUUGUCCUAUAUUAAACUGAUAGCUGCAUGUAAAAUAUCUUCAGAAAACAGAAGGAAAUUCUGGAAAACAUGUCUGCCACAUAUAUUUUCACUGAUAAAUUUCACUUUUGCUUUGCUUUUUGAUAUCAUGUAUAGUAGAUAUGGUUCAAAUGACAUUUCAGAGAGUUUGCGUAAUUUUUUGGCUCUAGAACUGGUGAUAGUUCCACCUGUGUUCAAUCCUCUUAUCUAUGGGUUAAAUAUUAAGGCAGUGCGCAAAAGUGUUUUUACUAUGUGUUGCAUCAAGAGUAAAUGUUUCACGUGCACCAAAAACACGAAAACAUAAUUAAAAACAAUAGUCAUGACAAUUGGGUUUUCAUAUAUAUGAAGUAUGACAAAAAGUGGGAACAAGUGUGUUUUUAAUAAGCGUAUUACUAAUAAAAUGCAAUAUUCGUAUAAAUAUAUCUAUCAUGAUUAAAAAACAAAAAUAUGACUAAAUAGAGAUUUGUUUAACAAUAUCAAGUCCCCUGCAUGAUAAUGGUCUCUCAGAAGUAUUCCCCUCCAUGCCUUUUAUAUCUAAAUGUCAUUAUUGUAUGUUUUUACAAUUUAUCCUUGCUCUUUUUGUAAGAUAGGGUAAAAGUUUGUACAAAUGUACU